CGGAAACCCAAGAGAUGAACUAGACUGCUGUCUUGCAUAGAACUAAAACACAGUUAAAUCAGCAACUAUUUGGCUGUUGUGAAACAGAAAGUGAUAUAAGGGAAAUCCCGGUGUUGUUAAGCGGACUUGGUGUAACAAAUUAAAUAACAAAAGGGACAUAACUGUUUCUGCUCUUGUUGUCUAGCCCACUAUAAAGAUGCGGCCAAAAAUUCAAGUCAAGCUUGUUACUGAGCACAUGAGAUAUUUGGAGGAAAAGAUUCAAGUUUUAGAACCUGCUAUUUCAGUGAUCAAAAAGGCAUUAGAAAAAAGUCAGUCUUGGAUAGAAGAUAAAAAUGACAACCCGUCUAUCACCUACAUCGAGUUAUGCCAGGAACUUGAUUCAGCGACAACGGCCAUGUUGGGUGCAGCGUCACAAGUCAUGCAUGAGUAUCAACAUAACGAAGACGUCGAGGACAGAACGCCAUAUUUACCUCAGUCUAGACAACAAUCUACAGCAACAGAAAAACUCGACCUAAGUGAAUCAAAACAAAAACAAACUGAAAUAUUGAGUCGACUUGAGCAGAUAGAGACAGCCAUAUCUUCUCUACAAGACGUCAGUCGACUUGAGCAGAUAGAGACAGCCAUAUCUUCUCUACAAGACGUCAGUCGACUUGAGCAGAUAGAGAGAGCCAUAUCUUCUCUACAAGACGUCAGUCGACUUGAGCAGAUAGAGACAGCCAUAUCUUCUCUACAAGACGUCAGUCGACUUGAGCAGAUAGAGACAGUCAUAUCUUCUCUACAAGACGUCAGUCGACUUGAGCAGAUAGAGACAGCCAUAUCUUCUCUACAAGACGUCAGUCGACUUGAGCAGAUAGAGACAGCCAUAUCUUCUCUACAAGACGUCAGUCGACUUGAGCAGAUAGAGACAGCCAUAUCUUCUCUACAAGACGUCAGUCGACUUGAGCAGAUAGAGACAGCCAUAUCUUCUCUACAAGACGUCAGUCGACUUGAGCAGAUAGAGACAGCCAUAUUGUCUCUACAAGACGCCAAUGACAAGUCUACAGAUGACAUAUCAGAAAUAAAACAAUGGAGAGACAACUUUGUAUCAGAACAGAGUGACAUGUGGUUAAACAUUGAACAACUGACUAAAAAACAAAAGCGGAAUUUUAAAAAUAUAAUAAAACAAAUGAGUGAACAAGAUAACAAAAUAAAGGAGCUGAACAAAGAAAUAGAAAGUUUAAAAGAAAAAGAAACCAAGUCAAACAAAACACUAGAGAAACUGUCUCUAGAUAUGAAAGAAUAUGAAAACAAUGCACACAAAAUAAAUAAAGAGAUGCAAGAUCACACAGACAAAAUAGACAGUAUAGCACAAGAAAUUGAAAGACAUUCUGAUCAGAUCGUUUCUUUACAAAAAGAUAAUAAUAAAAUCAUGGUAGAUUCGUCCACCAAACUUGAAAAGGUGCAAUCAAAGCACAAUGUGAUGUAUAAACUCCUACAACAAAGAUUGAUGCCCAUUGACAAAUUGAUUCAAAUCUUUAACCAGAACUUGCAAACAGGGGGAGAAAGAUUACAGAAGCUUAAAAAUAUUGAAAAUACCAUUUCAAAGCUGUCCAAAGAAUUUCAUUUAAUCGAGACCCGUGUAUGUCAGCCUUACAUCUGUCACAUUCAAUUGCAAAACAACACAACAGUAACUACUGGAUCAACUCUUUGUACGUUUAAAAAAGUUUGGGAACCUUACGGCAGCUAUUUUAAUAGAACCACAGGAAAACUUGUAGCACCAGAUGAUGGUUUCUAUCUUGUGAUUGUAACGCUGCAGGAAUCGGAGGAUAAACUGAUUAAAAUUGGUGUUUACGGGGAUGACAGAUUUUAUAAGAACAUUUUUGUCAAAUCAGCCAACACAUCUGCCGCUGGAUCAACUAUUGUUGACAUGAAGAAAGGCCAAGAACUUUAUUUUAAAGUCGGUCAAGCUGAUGAUGGAGCUAAGAUACAAGGAGGAAGUGGAUUUACUAUACUUAGAUUAUAAAUUUUAUCAUGCUUAUGAAAUAAAUAGUUUAUCGUUUAUUUCACGCCACAUCAUUUUCGAUUGUUUUUAAUUAUCCAAUUUUCCUAUAUUCUAUGCAUGUGCAUAUCGUUUCAACAGGUAAGUUUCAAUUUUUCUGGCAGACACAUUAUAGAGAAAUCUGUGAACAUACUGGAUUAUGAUCUACACUUCAUUUUUGAAAGCAAAUGGUUUAACUUCUUUGUUUGGUUGCAUUUUAGAAUACAUACAAUUAAAUGUACAAAGAGUUUGUGUUUGAGUGUUAUAACAUAAAUUAAUGUUAAGACAAAUUAAAGUAG